UAUAAUGUUUGGCUGGGCAAAACCAAGCUAUUCCAAGAAGAACCGUCUGCACAGCACCGAUUGGUCAGCAAAAGCUUCCCCCACCCUGACUACAACAUGAGCCUCCUCAUAAUCCACAACCCAGAACCUGAGGACGAUGAGAGCAAUGACCUGAUGCUGCUCCGUCUCAGCGAGCCAGCUGACAUCACAGAUGCUGUGAAGCCCAUUGCCCUGCCCACUGAGGAGCCCAAGCUGGGGAGCUCAUGCCUAGCCUCAGGCUGGGGCAGCAUUACACCCACCAAAUGGCAAACCCCAGAUGAUCUCCAGUGUGUGUCCAUCAAGCUCUUGCCUAAUGAGGACUGUGUCAAAAACCAUAAUCAAAAGGUGACAGAUGUCAUGCUGUGUGCAGGAGAUACGGAUGGAGGCAAAGACACAUGCAAGGGUGACUCAGGAGGCCCACUGAUCUGUGAUGGUGUUCUCCAUGGUAUCACAGCAUGGGGCCCUAUCCCAUGUGGUAAACCCAAUACGCCGGGCGUCUACACAAAACUUAUUAAGUUUACCAACUGGAUAAAAGACACUAUGGCAAAAAACCCCUGA